UCCUGACCAGUAUUAACAGGCAGUGGGUUCUCUUGAUGUCCAGAUCCUGACCAGUAUUAACAGGCAGUGGGUUCUCUUAAUGCCCUGAUCCUGACCAGUAUUAACAGGCAGUGGGUUCUCUUGAUGUCCAGAUCCUGACCAGUAUUAACAGGCAGUGGGUUCUCUUGAUGUCCAGAUCCUGACCAGUAUUAACAGGCAGUGGGUUCUCUUGAUGUCCAGAUCCUGACCAGUAUUAACAGGCAGUGGGUUCUCUUGAUGUCCAGAUCCUGACCAGUAUUAACAGGCAGUGGGUUCUCUUGAUGUCCAGAUCCUGACCAGUAUUAACAGGCAGUGGGUUCUCUUGAUGUCCAGAUCCUGACCAGUAUUAACAGGCAGUGGGUUCUCUUAAUGUCCUGAUCCUGACCAGUAUUAACAGGCAGUGGGUUCUCUUAAUGUCCUGAUGUCCUGAUCCUGACCAGUAUUAACAGGCAGUGGGUUCUCUUAAUGUCCUGAUCCUGACCAGUAUUAACAGGCAGUGGGUUCUCUUAAUGUCCUGAUGUCCAGAUCCUGACCAGUAUUAACAGGCAGUGGGUUCUCUUAAUGUCCAGAUCCUGACCAGUAUUAACAGGCAGGGUUCUCUUAAUGUCCUGAUGUCCAGAUCCUGACCAGUAUUAACAGGCAGUGGGUUCUCUUAAUGCCCUGAUCCUGACCAGUAUUAACAGGCAGUGGGUUCUCUUAAUGUCCUGAUCCUGACCAGUAUUAACAGGCAGUGGGUUCUCUUAAUGUCCUGAUCCUGACCAGUAUUAACAGGCAGUGGGUUCUCUUAAUGUCCUGAUGUCCAGAUCCUGACCAGUAUUAACAGGCAGUGGGUUCUCUUAAUGUCCUGAUCCUGACCAGUAUUAACAGGCAGUGGGUUCUCUUAAUGUCCUGAUGUCCAGAUCCUGACCAGUAUUAACAGGCAGUGGGUUCUCUUAAUGUCCAGAUCCUGACCAGUAUUAACAGGCAGUGGGUUCUCUUAAUGUCCUGAUCCUGACCAGUAUUAACAGGCAGUGGGUUCUCUUAAUGUCCUGAUGUCCAGAUCCUGACCAGUAUUAACAGGCAGUGGGUUAUCUUAAUGUCCUGAUCCUGACCAGUAUUAACAGGCAGUGGGUUAUCUUAAUGCGCUGAUCCUGACCAGUAUUAACAGGCAGUGGGUUCUCUUAAUGCCCUGAUCCUGACCAGUAUUAACAGGCAGUGGGUUCUCUUGAUGUCCAGAUCCUGACCAGUAUUAACAGGCAGUGGGUUCUCUUGAUGUCCAGAUCCUGACCAGUAUUAACAGGCAGUGGGUUCUCUUGAUGUCCAGAUCCUGACCAGUAUUAACAGGCAGUGGGUUCUCUUGAUGUCCAGAUCCUGACCAGUAUUAACAGGCAGUGAGAGUAGUACAGUAACCAGGGAAGAUAAACUGGAACAAUGGAUACCUUCAGCUGGCCUCGCUCUCAGGUUGACCGCUAACGGAAAAUAGGCAAAUCAGUCUGCUGCCCUUCAACCUGCUGCCUCACUGCACUGAGUGUUCCACUGUUUAGGACGAUCUUAACAUUAGGUCUAUGAUUGGGUUAGGACUAUCUUACCAUUAGGUCUAUGAUUGGGUUAGGACUAUCUUACCAUUAGGUCUAUGAUUGGGUUAGGACUAUCUUACCAUUAGGUCUAUGAUUGGGUUAGGACUAUCUUACCAUUAGGUCUAUGAUUGGGUUAGGACUAUCUUACCAUUAGGUCUAUGAUUGGGUUAGGACUUUUUUAACACUAGGUCUAUGAUUGGGUUAGGACUAUCUUAACACUAGGUCUAUGAUUGGGUUAGGACUAUCUUACCAUUAGGACUAUGAUUGGGUGAGGACGAUCUUAACAUUAGGUCUAUGAUUGGGUUAGGACUAUCUUACCAUUAGGUCUAUGAUUGGGUUAGGACUAUCUUACCAUUAGGUCUAUGAUUGGGUUAGGACUAUCUUACCAUUAGGUCUAUGAUUGGGUUAGGACUAUUUUAACAUUAGGUCUAUGUUUGGGUUAGGACUAUCUUAACACUAGGUCUAUGAUUGGGUUAGGACUACCUUACCAUUAGGACUAUGAUUGGGUGAGGACGAUCUUAACAUUAGGUAUAUGAUUGGGUUAGGACUAUCUUACCAUUAGGUCUAUGAUUGGGUUAGGACUAUUUUAACAUUAGGUCUAUGAUUGGGUUAGGACUAUCUUACCAUUAGGUCUAUGAUUGGGUUAGGACUAUCUUAACAUUAGGUCUAUGAUUGGGUUAGGACUAUUUUAUCAUUAGGUCUAUGAUUGGGUGAGGACGAUCUUAACAUUAGGUCUAUGAUUGGGUUAAGGACUAUCUUACCAUUAGGUCUAUGAUUGGGUGAGGACGAUCUUACCAUUAGGACUAUGAUUGGGUUAGGACGAUCUUACCAUUAGGUCUAAGAUUGGGUUAGGACUAUCUUACCAUUAGGUCUAUGAUUGGGUUAGGACUAUCUUACCAUUAGGUCUAUGAUUGGGUUAGGACUAUCUUACCAUUAGGUCUAUGAUUGGGUUAGGACUAUCUUACCAUUAGGUCUAUGAUUGGGUUAGGACUAUCUUACCAUUAGGUCUAUGAUUGGGUUAGGACUAUCUUACCAUUAGGUCUAUGAUUGGGUUAGGACUAUCUUACCAUUAGGUCUAUGAUUGGGUGAGGACUAUCUUACCAUUAGGUCUAUGAUUGGGUUAGGACUAUCUUACCAUUAGGUCUAUGAUUGGGUUAGGACUAUUUUAACACUAGGUCUAUGAUUGGGUGAGGACGAUCUUAACAUUAGGACUAUCUUAUCAUUAGGUCUAUGAUUGGGUUAGGACUAUUUUAACACUAGGUCUAUGAUUGGGUGAGGACGAUCUUAACAUUAGGACUAUCUUAUCAUUAGGUCUAUGAUUGGGUUAGGACUAUUUUAACACUAGGUCUAUGAUUGGGUGAGGACGAUCUUAACAUUAGGACUAUCUUAUCAUUAGGUCUAUGAUUGGGUUAGGACUAUCUUACCAUUAGGUCUACGAUUGGGUUAGGACUAUCUUAUCAUUAGGUCUACGAUUGGGUGAGGACGAUCUUAACAUUAGGACUAUCUUAUCAUUAGGUCUAUGAUUGGGUUAGGACUAUCUUACCAUUAGGUCUACGAUUGGGUGAGGACGAUCUUAACAUUAGGACUAUCUUAUCAUUAGGUCUAUGAUUGGGUUAGGACUAUCUUACCAUUAGGUCUACGAUUGGGUUAGGACUAUCUUAUCAUUAGGUCUACGAUUGGGUUAGGACUAUUUUAUCAUUAGGUCUAUGAUUGGGUGAGGACGAUCUUAACAUUAGGUCUAUGAUUGGGUGAGGACGAUCUUAACAUUAGGUCUAUGAUUGGGUGAGGACGAUCUUAUCAUUAGGUCUAUGAUUGGGUGAGGACUAUGAUUGGGUUAGGACUAUUUUAACACUAGGUCUAUGCUUGGGUUAGGAUUAGGUUAACAUUAGGUCUAUGCUUUCGUUAGGACUAUUUUAACACUAGGUCUAUUCUUGGGUUAGGAUUAGGUUAACAUUAGGUCUAUGCUUUCGUUAGGAUUAGGUUAACAUUAGGUCUAUGCUUGGGUUAGGGUUAGGUUAACAUUAGGUCUACGAUUGGGUUAGGACUAUUUUAACACUAGGUCUAUGCUUGGGUUAGGAUUAGGUUAACAUUAGGUCUAUGCUUGGGUUAGGAUUAGGUUAACAUUAGGUCUAUGCUUGGGUUAGGAUUAGGUUAACAUUAGGUCUAUGAUUGGGUUAGGAUUAGGUUAUCUCUGCUCAUUGUUCUCAUCUGUGCUGACUGCUGUCCUGCUUGGUGAGGUGUGGGUAGGACGGGGUCAGGAUGGAGCCGCCGGUGGAGUCCCAGCAGGACCAGGGGACAGAGGGGAUUCUGGGGACAGGGUGCAGGCACAGAGAGAUGGCCCUGAAGUGGUUCAUGGAGACUCAAGCUCCUCUCAUCCUCCAUGAGGGAAAUUUCCCCUCCUGGUUCGAAGGAUUCAUCACCAGAAGAGAUGCGGAAGAGAUGCUGAGAGACAAAGAACUGGGCUGUUUCCUGGUCCGACUGAGUGACAAAGCCAUGGGAUACAUCCUGUCAUACAGAGGCCGUGAUCGAUGCAGACACUUUGUGAUCAACCAGAGUAAGUCAGGCCAGUUCAUAGUGUCUGGAGACACAGAGGAGCAUGAGACCCUGGGAGAACUGAUAGAACACUACAAGACCAGCCCCAUAGAGCCCUUCAGAGAGUACCUGACCUGUUCCUGUCUAGAGUCUUCCAGAGUAGAAGUCUAUGAUGUCAUCAAAGUCAACCUCAGAGAGAAGCCGGGGGUCAGUGUGAGAGCUGUGAGGAGCCUGUGGGACGCACAGAGUGACCAACAGGGUGACUGGCGCAGGGUUAGUCCUAGCGACCACGCCGAGGAGCACCCUCCUCCUCCCACACUGCCUCCCAAAAGCAGCAGGAAACCAGAGGAAGAACCCUCUGUGCCAACUGUACCUAGAGUACCACCUGUACCUAGAGUCCCACCUGUGCCUAGAAGGGCCGGUCCUUUGAAGAGCAGUUCCCUGGAUUACCACCAGGGUAGUGCUCAGAGAAGGGCGUUGUAUGCCCAGCUGGAGAAGCACAAGGCCAUGAAUCCCCAACCCAGGAGCCUGGAAGGUCUACCCAGAGCUCCAGAAGGAAGGGCUGAAGGCCUGGGUCCUGUAGCCCAACAUCAAACCCCUCCUCAGAGGGGGGGCAUCCCCAGUGGUAAAACUGGAGCCCCAGGCCCUGCCUCAGCCCCUGGACCAGACCCAGGCACAGUCUACUCAGAGCUACUCAGCCUGCUGGACUGCAAGAGUAAGUCUCUGCCUCUCCUGGACCUGGAUCCUGACUCAGAGGAGGGGGCCAAUAACUCCUACAGGCUGAGCGCACCUUCUUUUACUCCCCCAAGACUCUCUCCCAACCCCACUAAACGGACCACUAGCCCCUCCCUUCUGGACCAGAGCUACCACAAGGAUACCUCCAAGAGACCUCCAAUAAUCAGCCACAGUCUGGAACAUCUAUGUAACAGCCCCAUACCUGCCCUCGUGUAUCAACUGGCAGGUAGACCCAGGGACCAGGAAGGACCCAUGACAUCAUUCAUGACAUCAUCCAUGACAUCAUCACCACAGGAAGAGGAAGACAUAGCUAACAGUCUGUACGCUGAGGUCCCUUGUGAGCCGGUCCUCCGUCUCCUACUGGACGACACCUAUGAACACAUACCAGAGUUAGGACUGAAAGGACCGGCCAGACCUUAUGAACACAUACCAGAGUUAGGAAUGAAAGGACCGGCCAGACAUUAUGAACACAUACCAGAGUUAGGACUGAAAGGACCGGCCAGACCUUAUGAACACAUACCAGAGUUAGGACUGGAAGGACCGGCCAGACCUUAUGAACACAUACCAGAGUUAGGACUGGAAGGACCGGCCAGACCUUAUGAACACAUACCAGAGUUAGGACUGAAAGGACCGGCCAGACCUUAUGAACACAUACCAGAGUUAGGACUGAAAGGAUCGGCCAGACCUUAUGAACACAUACCAGAGUUAGGACUGAAAGGAUCGGCCAGACCUUAUGAACACAUACCAGAGUUAGGACUGAAAGGAUCGGCCAGACCUUAUGAACACAUACCAGAGUUAGGACUGAAAGGAUCGGCCAGACCUUCUGCUAACAACCAUACCUAUGAAUCAGUGGAGGAGCUCAAGUCCAAACACACCACCUCUUCUUGGGGUAUAAAGAAAUGGAGAUGGCUGUUCCCUGAGAGACAGAAGAAAUAAUGGAGAAGCAACCCAUCAACCCAACACUACUGGACACCACAGUGUACUAUCCCAUCAACCCAACACCACAGUGUACUAUCCCAUCAACCCAAUACUACUGGACAGUGUAC